UCCCUUCCCACUUCCUCACUCUCUUCCUUCUUACAAACACACACCUCACACACUGAUACUGCUGCUCCGCACCGUCGGAAAAAAAUGGGGUAUAGUGACACAACAACCGCUACAACUAUUACUUCAAAAUCUUCUCGCUCCGUUUCUCCUUCUUCUCCCUCCUCUCCUCCCACGCCUCCUCCUCCGGCCGUGGUGGUCAGCCCCUGCGCUGCAUGCAAGAUCCUCCGGCGGAGGUGUGCCGAGAAGUGUGUCCUGGCACCAUAUUUUCCUCCCAACGAUCCCAUCAAGUUCACCACCGCUCACCGUGUCUUCGGAGCCAGCAACAUAAUCAAGUUUUUACAGGAGCUGCCGGAGUCCCAGAGGGCCGAUGCAGUGAGCAGCAUGGUUUAUGAAGCAAACGCCAGGCUGAGAGAUCCUGUAUAUGGAAGUGCGGGGGCCAUUUGCCAGCUGCAGAAGCAAGUGAGCGAUCUCCAAGCACAAUUGGCCAAGACACAGGCUGAGCUGGUCAACAUGCAAUGCCAACAAGCCAACCUCAUGGCUCUCAUUUGCAUGGAAAUGGCACAAUCUCCGCAGGCUUCGUCACCUCAGCAACAGAGCUUUGACAACAACUUCAUCAAUUCUAGCAGCCAACUCGCAGCUUUCCAGGCUAAUCUCAAUCUCUUGGAUGAAAGCCACCCGUGGGAUCAUCCGGCUCUCUGGACUUGAUGGCUUUUAAUUCCAAGUUCCAACCGAAGGAUUCCCGAUUUGAUUUUUAAUCAAUUUUCCUAACUCUCUAGGUUAAUUAUGCCAUUACCGGCGACGAGGAGCGUGAGACAUUCAAAUUGUACCAAUAAAACUAUGCUGUAUCUCAAUUGCAGCAGAAAACAAAAAAAAAAAAAAAAAAAGAGAGACAUGUAAGAUAUACCUAUAUACUAGCUAUAGCUCGUAUGAACUAAAAUCAAAGGCUAAAAGCCGAUUUGAUUAGUUAGGUUGUAUUGAUUAUGACGAAUUGAGCAAAUUUAGUUGACGGGUCUUCUUCA